CUUUCCCGAAGACAAGCUUGCUUAUAGCAUAAGCUUGUUUUCUUUCUUUGCCUUUUUUCAUUUUGCAACGCUUCUAUUGAAAAUUUGAUUCAAUCAUGAGCCGCAUUCACAAUUCCCAGAUGGGUUCUUCUCCUAUGGGCUCCGGCUCAGCUGAGAACGGCGCCACUAGCCACGGCUCAAUCACCCCAAUCUCCAUCGGUGCCCGCUCUCAGGCUAGUGCCACUCCGGCUGGAAACACUCCUAACCGCGAGUCUUUUAUCACUUCGAUCAAUGACAAUCCUGACAUUGAGACCUCUGCCGCUUUACUCGGAGGUGGUGCUAACACCGAGUUGCCUGCCGCUCAUGGCGGCACUCAUCGCGCUGGCAUUUCGGCCCGCCGAUUGAGCAACUUGAUCCACUCUGAGCCCAUUGACAUUCCGGCUCGUGGUAACGGUAACGGUCACGCUGACACUUCUCCUAUCCGCAGCCGUUUCAACGAUGAGCUCACCCCGGGCCGCCCCCCUAGCACGGGCCCUCGUCGCGUCGCUGGUACAGCUCAGGAUCUCUUGUCCACUCCCAUAGCGGCUCGUCGCGGCGUCAGCCCGACUUUCGAACGCCUCAUGUCGCCUGGCAGCUACUUAGGUCGUAGCCCCAUGCCUACUCCGGUUCGUCCCCGCGUCUCGUCGACCAUCGCAACUCCUUCGACAGAUGCCCACGAGUCCACCCAGGCUGAAGUUGGCGAACAGAUCGUCACCCCUGACAUCGGCAGCCGUGACCACUCAAGCGUUCGUUCCUGCGGCGGCCGUGGCGGCGACCAUGUCGUAGAGAUCACCAGCCCCACCGACGGCAUUCCCCUGCCCGUCGUAUUCCCCGAGACAUCAGCUGGUCCUUCUCACCAGCGCGGACCCAGCACCGGCACCGUCCGCCGUCCCCGCGCUACUCGUCUGGAAUACAACGGAACUGGCACCGUCCGCGCCCAACGCGGCAUCCGUGACAUCAGCCUUCUCAGUAGCUCCGCCACGUCCCUGAUGCCCCGAUCGUCCUACAACAGCCUCACGGGCACCGAGGACGAGAACGGAACCAUUCGCGCCAACGGCUCGGGUCGUGUCCGCAGCGGACACCGCGCUCACCCGCCUAUGAUGCAGCCGGUUGUCGUUCUUCCGGUACGUGAACCCUUUCCCUCUACAUACCCCUGUCCAUCAGUAUCAGUGAGAGACGAGUUACUAACCCCAAACCAGUCCAGCGACAGCAGUUCCUCGCUGUCCUCGCUCUCGACCACGGACGUGGAACGCCAGCCGAUGCUCAACGCGGCGGCACCGCAACAGCACCGAUCGUACGGCACGGCGGGUCCCCAGGACCAGCACCUCGAGGGCGGAGAGGAGGGUGCUUGUCGCCGGGAGCACGUCGGAUUCUGGUUCCGCUUCACACGCAGCGAGGCCGUGCUGUUCUCCAUGUUCCUCUGCUCGGUUGUCUUCGGAUUCACGUUCAUGGCUAUGGUCAUGGUGCAUCUUCUGCGCGACUAGACUCUGGAGUGCUAGGCUGCUGACGGGGAUAUACUCGUUCGUGCGCGGAGUACGUAGGUGACGUGAGGAAAGCAGGAUGGGUUUGGCAGUGCUAUUCUGGGGCGGCUUUAAGUACCACCAGAUAGUUACCGGUUAGGACAGGACUACGUAGGCAUGCAUAGAAUGCAAAUAGUCCUCUGAGAUAACGUAACUCGUCUUUCUUCUAUCAUUGGAUCGUGACAUGUUCGUAGUCGUGGUUAUAGGUAAGUAGGUGGUAACGUGAUACCCCGCCAGCCCGCCAAACUACUUGGU